GAUGGCGGCGUCGCGACCACGUGGUUAUUUCAUUAUCACACGAUAUGAGCUUUCAGUUUUCCAGAUUCGUGAAUCGUGAAUUCUGUUCUAUAUGAACUUUAGUCUGACUGUGAAAUCGUCAACCUUAUACAUUUGAGAGCAAUUCUCCACUUUUCAAUAAUUGACUAGAUUAAUCUCUGUAAAAUUGUAUAAUUUCUUCAAAAUUUUGGAGCUGUUUCCACGUGUUUCACGUGUUGCAUAAAAAUAUGGCGAAAUCUUUGUGUGCCAAAAUCGGACCAUCCAUCCUGAACGCCGAUCUAGCUCAACUCUACGAGGAAUCGCAACGUUUGGUUGAUAACGGUGCUGAUUAUCUUCAUCUCGAUGUCAUGGAUGGCCACUUUGUGCCUAACCUCACUUUCGGACAUCCUAUUGUCAAGUGUUUGAGGAACAAGAUCAAACAUGCUUUUUUUGAGACCCACAUGAUGGUUUCGAAUCCAGAACAGUGGAUAGAACCUAUGGCUGAUGCAGGUGUGAAUCAAUACACUUUUCACAUAGAGCCUGUUAAGGAUGUACCAUCAUUGUGUAGAAAAGUCAGAGAGGCAGGAAUGCAGGUGGGUGUUGCACUCAAGCCUGGUACACCUGUGGACGUUGUAGUUGAUUACGUAGACCAAGCUGACAUGGUCCUCGUAAUGACAGUGGAACCAGGAUUCGGUGGGCAAAAAUUCAUGCAAUCAAUGAUGGAAAAAGUUGCAUGGUUGAGAAAAAAUUACCCCUUGUUGGACAUCGAAGUCGAUGGUGGUGUGGGUCCGAGCACAAUUCAAGCUUGUGCACAAGCUGGAGCCAACAUGAUUGUGUCAGGAACAGCUGUAACAGGCUCGGAUGAACCAGCCAAAGUGAUUAGAAGUUUAAGAGACACUGUAAAUAGCUGCAUUAAAAAAUGAUGAAAAUUAACUAUCUUAUGACACACUGUUUACAUACAAAAUUUGUGUAAGUUUAUUAAUUAUAUUCUUAUAAAAAAAACUAACACCUCUUCA